AUGAUUGGCCGGGAAGUAAGGUAUAAAAGAAUAACCUCUCGAGACGCGUCUUUCGACAAUAUUUUUGACGAUUUUGAAAUGGGCAUUAAAGGUUUAACGCAAGUUAUAGGUGAUCACAGUCCGAACUCUAUUAAGGCAAAUGAAAUUAAGAAUUACUUUGGACGUAAAGUUGCCAUAGAUGCCUCUAUGUCUAUAUACCAGUUCUUAAUUGCCGUGAGACAAGAUGGUCAGCAGUUGACUAGUGAAUCAGGCGAAACUACAAGUCAUUUGAUGGGAAUUUUCUAUCGGACGAUUCGAAUGAUCGAAAACGGUAUAAAGCCUUGUUAUGUUUUUGACGGAAAGCCACCGACCUUAAAGUCAGGAGAGCUUGCAAAACGUCUAGAGCGAAGAAAAGAAGCCGAAAAAAAUCUCGAAGCAGCACAAGAUGAAGCGGAUAAUAUCGACAAGUAUAGCCGUCGAACGGUCAAAGUCACAAAAGAACAUAAUGAUGAAUGCAAAAAACUUUUGAAACUCAUGGGCAUUCCCUACGUGGAGGCUCCGUGUGAAGCAGAGGCUCAGUGUGCUGUUUUAGCGCGGGCAGGCAAAGUAUACGCUGCUGCUUCCGAGGAUAUGGACACAUUGACCUUUAAUUCCUCCAUAUUAUUACGUCAUUUGACCUUUAGCGAAGCUAGAAAAAUGCCGAUCGACGAAAUACAUCUUCAAAAAGUUCUAGAGGGACUCGAAAUAAACAUGGAUCAAUUCAUCGACCUUUGUAUACUCUUGGGCUGCGAUUAUUGUGAGUCUAUCAAAGGAAUCGGGCCUCAUCGUGCAGUAGAACUUGUUAAAAAGUUCAAUAAUUUAGAAGAAAUUACAAAGAAUCUGGAUCAAAAGAGGCACCCAAUACCUGAAAAUUGGCCAUAUAAAGAAGCACGUGAAUUAUUUAAAAAUCCAGAGGUAUUGGACCCAGAAUCUAUAGAGAUAAAAUGGGAAGAGCCGGACGUUGAAGGCGUUGUUGACUAUAUGGUGCGGGAGAAGGGAUUCAGUGAAGAGCGUAUAAGAAAAGGUGUAGAAAAGCUAUCGAAAAACUUGAAAAGUGCUACUCAGGGAAG